AUGUCACUGACACCAGCUCUUCUUACCGCCGCGUUACCACAAGUUCUUAAGACUUCGGAGACUACUAUGGGUCCCACACUGCUUUACCUCACCGAUCUGAAGGAACUCUUUUUAACCGUCUUCGCUGCGGCACAUAUCUAUGGCGCAUCCUGUCCUGAUAUGGAUCUCACCAUUGGAGCUCAGCUGUAUCACAUCAAUGUCAUUCUUGUCUCCAUUGGCAAGGACCCGCUCUGGAGAGGAUAUUUUGCGCAUUUUGGUGGGUGCCUUGCCUUACCUAUCGUGCGCUCCUCCCCACACGUCUAA